GUCCGCUCUUCACCCAAUCCGCUCCGCUCCUGUCAGCCUGCUGCUUGUAAUCCACACGAAGCUGCCUGCCGCGUCUGAAGCUCUGCCUUUGAGCCAUGGCUAAACUGAGUAAAGAGACCAAGCAGCGGCUGCAGCAGGUCUUCCAAUGCGGCCAGUUCGUCAUCCGAUGGGGCUUCAUUCCUACGGUGCUCUACCUAGGCUUCCAGCGUGGAGCGGAUCCCGGAAUGCCUGAACCCACAAUUCUGAGUUUGCUAUGGGGCUGAGGAAGGCUCUGCACGCGACCCAUCCACUCAUCCAUCACUGUGGCGGGCCGGACCCUCGGGAAGUCAAGUGGAUAACAAUGGACUGUUCCUGUAAUAACUAAUGGCCCUCAGAAAUAUAGUAUAUAUAAAAUACAUAGAAUAUGGUAUCUGUAUUUAUGUCUGAAUUGCAGAUGACCAAGGGAGUAAUGUGAUUGUCGGAGGUGCAUGACUCGUCUUUUUGUUAAUCCAUUUAUAUUUGUGUAAUGCUUUGUUUGCAUAUGCAUUAUUAUUGCACGCAUAUCUGCAUACGUUGGAAAUGGCUGUUUUUAUCCUGGAGAUUCUGACAAUAAACCUUCAGUGAGAUUAGUGUCUUGUG